UCUAGCUCGCCGAGCUCCAGCCGAAGGAGAAGGGGGGUAAGUAAGGAGGUCUCUAUACCAUGGCUCGUACAAAGCAGACCGCCCGCAAAUCGACUGGUGGUAAAGCACCGAGGAAGCAACUGGCUACAAAAGCCGCUCGCAAGAGUGCGCCCUCUACUGGAGGGGUGAAGAAACCUCAUCGUUACAGGCCUGGUACCGUGGCACUCCGUGAAAUUAGACGUUAUCAGAAGUCCACUGAACUUCUGAUUCGCAAGCUUCCCUUCCAGCGUCUGGUGCGGGAAAUUGCUCAGGACUUCAAAACAGAUCUGCGCUUCCAGAGUGCAGCUAUUGGUGCUUUGCAGGAGGCAAGUGAGGCCUAUCUGGUUGGCCUUUUUGAAGACACCAACCUGUGUGCUAUCCAUGCCAAACGUGUAACAAUUAUGCCAAAAGACAUCCAGCUAGCACGCCGCAUACGUGGAGAACGUGCUUAAGAAUCCACU